CCGGAAGGCGGCUCUCUACUUGUCAGAAUCUGUCAGCGGCGUCCUCAUGCAGCUGUCGGAAGUGAGUGAGCUGCGAAGCAUCAUCAGCCUCAUGCGGUUAAAUGCAGGCAGCAGUCCUCGAUUCCACGACCGGCAGGAUUCUGAAGUCGACCGGAUCUACAAUUCGUCGCCGAAAGUCGCGUCGUACGAGAUGCGGUCGUCUUGGUUGGACCGACCGUCGAUGCAAAUGCCAGUGCAGUCCAAUCCCCCGCCGCCGCAGUCCCAGACUCAGCAUGACGAUGUGGCCCCCUCGUCCCACGAAGACUCGUCGUUCAAGGCCAAGCAACCACCGCCGCCGCCCGACCACAAGCAACGCCACGGCACCAAGGACGCCUUGCGCGACGCCCCCAACGGCAAGCCCAAAGUGAUCGUGUUUGACUCCAAGAAAGCAUCCUCGUCGUCCAAUGUUGCCGUCGGCGGUACCACCGAGCCGCCGCCGCCGUCGUUUGUGUUUGAGCGCGAAGACGUCCCGUCCUUUCUGCAGUCGGUGCAAACGUCGCUGUUGGAUGCGGCGUUGCGCGGGGCCAUGAUGCUCGGCGGGAAUGGCAACGGAACCCAGAUGAUGACAAACAAACCCCAUCACCACCACCACCACCACGCCAUGACCGACGCGCCCAUGAUCUCCCUCCAGAUCUACCUCCCCAAUCGCGCGGAAAUGCACGUCGAGCUGUACGAGGUCUCCACCGUGGAAGAAACGAUUCAAACUAUCCUCAUGUCGCACUUGCAAGGAGGCAAACGACCGCUGCUGUACUAUGGCCACCCAGAGUGCUACGAGCUCCGGCUGCACGAAGCCAAUGGGUACCCUGACGAAGACUUUCCAGCGUUGGAUCGAUCUCGGAAAAUCAAAAACUUUGGGGACAACGGCAACCACGAGUUCUGCCUCUGCGAACGACCGGAAGCGUGUCCGCCGCCCGACGGCAGCCCCGCUGCACUUACCACCUUGGAUCAGUCCAUGAUGCAGCGAAGCAUGCAUCAACCUUCGAUGACCACGGGCGGAGAUGGCCGGCGGGUGGUUCCUGGUGGCGGGGACAAGAACUUGCUCAAGAUCAUCAUGCCAAACGAGAACCAUUCGGUCAUCCCAAUCAAAGACGGCACCACGGGCAAAGACUUGCUUCCGAUGCUCAAGAAGAAGCACCGGCUGCCCAUGCUGGACGAGUACAUCCUCAAAGUGACCGAAGCCGACAAACUGCGCCUGGAUCUGCCGUCGGAAAUCAUCGACUUGGAAACCAACUUGAAGCCGCUUGGGUUGCAAGAAGUCACGCUAGCACGGAAGGUGUAUGCCGACGCCCCCGCCCCCGCCGCCCCAGCUCCCCUCGCGUCUGUCAAUGUGUUUGGCGAGUCCACCACGGAGGACGGGGAUGCUGUGAGCAAGAACGUGCGGCCGCUGCCGUCGACGUUCAUGUACAACGACGUCAAGGCGGCCAUGUACAAGGAGUGGACUGUGAUCAAAACCAACAAGUAUGGCAAGCGCCAGCAUCGCAUGUUGGGCGUCGAUUCGCACAAGGUGUACAACUCCAAAGUUGGCGAGCGCGCCAUGAUUUCCCGGACCAAUAUCAAAGUGGCGGAACGGCCGAUUUCGAGCAUCACGUGGCUGCGGUUCCUACCUGGGCCGUGCGACUUUCAGAUUCAGUACAGCCAGCCCGACGAAGAAACAAUCGACUACUCGGCUGCGACCGCGUACGAAUGUGCCGAGAUUGUAGCCAAGAUCAAGUACAUUCAGGAAAUGCACAAACGAAAGUAACCACAGACAGACUGCCACGUAUGUCAGCUGUGGCUAACAAUACCAUUUUCAGAAUGAAAUGAUUGUGAAUAAGGAGUUAAAGAGUUGGAAGCAUGUGCUUGAUGUGCUUUCCAC